AUGUUCGUAGAUGAACCGACCAACGCCAUCCAGUUCAUUGUUAUGGACUUUGCACCUACAAAGUGUAAGGUCAUGCUCCUGUACAUGCAUUCACUGGACACUGCGAUUCAGGGAAAGGCACUGGAAGUUGUGGAGCGUUUCACGUACCUUGGAAUUUGCAUUAGGUCUGAUUAUAGUGUGACAGAUGCGGUCGCGUUCGCUAAUUUGAGCUACCUAUGGCGUGAAAGUAGUAUAUCCCAGAAUCUCAGUGGAAGUGCGUAUCAGGCAACAGUGUGGGUUGUUUCGUUGUAUGGCUGUGAGAUUUGGCCAGUUCGAGCAGCGGAUUUGAGAUGUCUUCAGGUGUUCCACAGUCGAUGUCUCAGGACCAUAGCUUGUAUGGGUUGGUGUCAGAUAAUACGAAAUCUGCCAAUUAGAAUAGUUGUUUUCGUGCCCACUUCAAACUGGCGGAAUCAGAGAGUUGGCCAACCUUUGACCUGGCAAAGGGGUAUGAAAGAGAUUACGAAAUGUUUGCGUAAUGUCGGUGCUACUCGCCUUCCAGGAUGGGGACCACGUGAUCCCCACUGCGCCUGGUUGGGGACAGUACAAGAUAUGACUGCUAAUCCAUGUCGAUGGCGUUCUUAUUGUCACUUUCUGUCCAGGUUGCCUGAGUAUGUGUUUGGAGAGUACUCAUUUGACUGUUGGCACAUAGCUCUUGUAGAGCACCACAUUCUCAAAUCGGUCGGCCCCGAGCGAGAGGCUUUCGAACGUCAGCUCCGAUUACCUAACCUACCGGAGAUGAUAUUCGAUAAGAACAGACUUUGCGUGGAUUACAAAGCCGGUUUGAAACCUCGUUGUGCAAUCGAGUUCACUGCGUUAGAUGCCUUGCAACUGGUUGACGCAGAACAGAUCUCAGUUCAAGUUCCAAUAGCUAGAGCCUGGCGGGAAGCUCGCGCUAAUGCGGAAGAGCAGUUGGACCAUCCAAAGCCCUAUGAUUGGACAUUCACAACAUUAUACACAGGCACACUUCUGGGUGACUGGACCAUCGAACCAUACGAACCCGGAUUAGAUCUAGCCCUUCUCCAACGGCGUGAUCCCAUUCUGUUCUAUGCCGAGACCACACUUUACGAGGAUGAACUUGGUGACAACGGGGUGGCUAUGUUACACCUCAAGCUGCGCGCGAUGAACACCGGAUUUCUCCUUCUGCAGCGUUUCUUUUUACGUGUGGACGGUGGACUGGUACGCGUGUAUGACACGCGUCUUCAAUGGCGUAAAGGUGACAACUACCUGAUUCGGGAAGUAAAACGUUCACAAAGCUCCUCCUGGGAACCGGCGAUGACUGGGGUUACUUUGAUGGCAGCGGACGCUUUUUGUGACCAGAUACUGGAGAAACGAACAGAAAAACUGACACCUGCGAUCAGCUGAACUAGGCUAGCGAUGAAUUCCGGUGAACCCCCUGGUAGUUUGACCGAACCAUCCUCUCCUUUUUGAAACUCCUUUUAUGCUCGAGUGUUGACCUGUACAUACACUGUAGGCACUUUAUUUCUUGCAGAGUGGCUGCUUUAUCACGGAAAUUGAUUUUCUAUUUGAGCAAUGAGUUCCUUUUAGGUCCUGUCGUCAUCCGUCGUCUCAUAGGGCGUUCCU